AUGGAAUUGGAUGUUUUAGUUUGGGAGAUCAUCUCCCGCUUGCCCUUGAAGGAAGCUGUUCGAUGUAAAGUUCUGAACAAGGAUAUUAAAGCUCGAAUUUCUGAUCCUCAAUUUUUCCAAACUUGGUUUCAACGGCAGGAACACCCUUCUACAGAACUCAUCUAUACAGUAAAUGCGGUACGCAGAACACUCCACAAAAUCACCUUACACAACCCUUUGCCAAUCGCUCAAAUUGAGACGCCUUUCUCCUUUGAUAUUGAGAUUUUGGCCUCAUGUAAUGGUCUCAUUCUCUUUGACUUCGAACAAGUUACCAAGUACUGUGUUUUCAAUCCCUUAACUGGAGAGCACCAAUUAAUACCAUACCCACUGCCUACAACAGAUAAGCUUCAUAGUAUGGGCUUCGCUGUUGAUUACCUGAAUUCAGAUCAAUAUAAAUUGGUAACCAUCGGUGAACUGGUUGAAAAUUCCAAUUUGUUCUACAAUUUUCACCUACUGUCAUCGGAGCGACCUGGCUUGUGGCGUGAAAUCCAACUGAGAACCGAUUCUUUUAUCUCUUUUUCCGGUAAUCCACCUGUUUAUUGGUGUGGUUCUCUGUAUUGGCUCAGAUGUGAUGGCAGUGUUGUAGCAUUUGAUACGAGGAGAGAGGAGGCUAUACUAAUUAACCGUCCUGCGUUUAUUGAUCAAUAUGAUCUCAGUUACGGUAAUAGUAGCACUGGUCAAAAUAUAUGGUUAGGGAGGGCACAAGGUGUUCUUACCCUUUUAUGCAUUUUCAGAAGGUUCAUAGUCCUUGCGACUUACGAUAAUGCACGCAGCAGUUGGACGGUUACCCACACUUUGGACAACUUCAUUUCUCAUCCAGACGGCUUUGUUACUGGCUUCCCAGUCUGGAUUGACAGCAAUCAAGUGUCUUUUCUUAAAGAUCGUCCCUUGACACGAUAUCAUGAUCUGUAUGAGUAUGAUAUUGAGAUCAAUGAUUACCGACAAGGUGCAGCAUGGGACACAGUUGAUAAACCCAUGUAUUGCUUCCAUCCAACGUUAGCUUCUGUCCAUCAGAUGCCCUUCGACAAUGUAGAGACUGAUGAUCUGUUGUACAUUGCUGCCAAGUUGAAUGAAAUCAGAGGAUUUAUUAUCGAAGACGACAUUAUCAACCGCUUUCUGGUCUGGAUCGACAGUGAGCAAGUGCUUUUUCUGGUAGAACAUCGUCCCUUGACACGGUAUCAUGAUCCAUAUGAGUAUGAUACCGAGAUCAAUGAGUUCAAAAAAGCUGCACUGUUGGAUCCUGUAUUGUAG